CCGGACCGUCAUCCUUUGUGUAGCUGCUGCAUGCUGGGAGUGGGAGGGCCCAACAACAACAGAAAGUGAAAGUGGCAUCAUGUCGGCUAAUCGAACAAAGAAAUCGUCGAAGAUCAGAUCUACUGGCGAUGUUAGCGGGAAGAGUCCCGGCCCGAAAGCCCAGGCGGCCCGGUGCGGGUUCUGUAACCUCGGGUAUGAAGUGGAGAGGACCUGCGAUACGCUGUAUGUGGCUGACGGGGUGGCCGCCCACUUCUUGUGCAUGCUGUACUCCAGUGGGCUGAUCCAGGAGGACAGUGACUCGUCACAGUUUGAGGAUUUUGGGAUGUUCAACCCAGAAGAUGUGAAGAAAGAAAUAAAGCGUGGGCUGCAGUUGAGCUGCAGUGUUUGCCACAAGAAGGGAGCCACCAUCGGCUGUGACAGGAAAAUGUGUACCAAGACGUGCCACUACAAGUGUGGCAUGGAUUAUGACUAUGUAUUUGAAGAAAACCCUGAUGAAGGACAGUUCUUAAUGUACUGUCCAAAACACAAGGACUUGACAACUGAUGCAGAUGAUGACGAUGAAAAUUGGAGGUCAUCAGAUGAGGAAGAGCGAGAUGAAGAACAAGAUGACGAGAACACAGAUCCGAGCUGGGACGCCUCUCCUUCCAAGAGAUCCACCCCUAAGAGAAAGUCUGAGAGGAAGAAAGGACGUCCUGCUAAGAAAAGAGGCCAAAGGAAUGACGAUAGCAGUCCUCGAAGAAGUAAACGCUCGCGGACCACUGUGAAGUACCAAGAAACGGACGAAGAGUCCUUCUCUGAUGAGGAUAUGCUCAUACCUGUGGGACGAAGGAUGUCACCCAAGAAGGAGAAAAAGAUCAAGGAGAAAGCCCAAGAUGAUGAAGAUGAGGAUGCUGACAAGGAAACUAGUGAACAGGAGGAUGAAGCGGAUGAUGAAGAGGAUGGAAGUGGAGAUAAAAGGAUGGACCGUAAGCAUGUACGGACCAUGAAGGAGAAAGACCAAGAUGAGGAGGAUGAAGAUACACCAGAUGAUGAUGAAGAUGAUGAGAGUGGAGAUGAAAAGAUGGAGAAGAAAGAUGAUAAAACACAAAAGACAGGAGCUUCGGACUUUUGGGACCAGAGCAGGAAGGCUGGGACGCUGGGUACUGUCUGUACCAGGGUCAAACAGGCCAUGCAGUCAGCUCUGAAAAAAAUCCAGGACAACACUGCUUCUGAAAUAGAGCGUGCAGCAGUUCUAAGCUUCAUGGAAACUACUAGACUAAUGGAACAGAUAGAGGAGGAACAGAAGAAGGACAGUGGUAAGAAGAGGAAUGGACAGACCAGGGCCGAACAACCAGAAGACAGUGAAGAUGAACAAGACGUCCCACCUAAGAAAGCUGCUCGGUUUCAUUCUCCAAGGAAAGGGGUGAAGAAAUAGUGUAGGAGGUUUGCAAUGACUAGAAGUUGAUUCCAUGAAUCAUGGUACAAUGAAAAGAGUACCUGGACAGUUUAGAUCUUAUCUGCAUAACGUCUAAAGUUGAUAUAUAAUCAAGUGACAAUAGUCCAUGUUAAUGUAUGAACUACUUUGACCUGCUUUGCCCCUGAUGUGGUUAUCUGGGGGUAGUGACAAUGUAGUUGUAGAUUAACUACAAAGUUGAUCAUGUGCUAGUUACUGUAAUUUCCGUUAUUUUAGUGGGAGUUUAAUUUUGCAGAAGAGUUUGAAGUUCACAGUUAAACCAUUCUGCUGUGCAGUGGAAUUCAAAAAAAGUCAUACAAAAUGUAUUUGCAUUUCCAUUAUUUUGCAGUAUAAGAGGUUGAAUAUCAGAAAAAUAACGCCACUUGUAAAAUGUACAGAUCUACUGUAACAGUAUAUUAUCAUUUGGUUGUGGAAGCUCAAUGUAAAAGUAUGCUGUUGUAGGUCUUUAUAUAGUUGUAGUUAUGUAGUUGAACAGAUACCGUAUUAUGUCUUGAAUGAAACGCGCUGGUGACUGCUAAGUAACAAAGCCAAGUAGCAGUGGUCCUGCACCAUAGUAUAAAUGUAUCUACAACAAAUCUAGUACUCAUUUCAAUUUUGUGCCUUGUAAUGUGCCAGUGAAUGCAUUUUUAUUUUAACUUCCCUUUAGUGAAGGGACUUGCUUUUGUUGCAUUAUUUUCCAGAUCUCUUUUUACAAUGAAGAAUUUUGAUUAAAGUGUGCCAGACCAUCUUCCAAGCCAAGAUGACUUUGUUAAUGGGCAAUCAAGGCAAUGUGCCAUAUUUACAAAAUCAUGAUUAUCUUUGCAGUUGUUCAAAUCUACUAAGUAAUUUGGCAACAGCAAGUAAAUCUUAUUGAUGACAUCAGCAUGCGCAUUGAUUUUUGCCUGAAUUAUAGGGGAGAAAAAAAAUUAAUUCUAUUCCCUUCCGAUAUGGUCAAUGUGACGAGGAGAUGUUGAAAAUGGAAAAUAUGUUGUAACCUAUUUAGCUAUGGCAAGAGAGCCAUACAUGUGUACCAGGGCUCUAGUCAGCGUCCGUUUUUCCGUCAAUUGACGGAAAUUUGUUGCGUGUGACGGAAAAAUUUUAAAACCAAUCCGUCAACCUUGAUGGACAAAAAUCCUUGAUGAAAGCUACAGGCGGCUUGGGGACGCCGUAAAAACUACACACUGUUUGUUUUACUAUU